GGCGUCCCAUUCUCAUUGGUGAACGUCGGUGGGUGAGGCGCCCAGAGACAUUUCCAACGAGCUGGGGGGGGAAAGAUGGCGACGCCCCUCGGGUGGUCGCAGGGGGGGUCAGGAUCAGUGUGUCUCGCUUUCGAUCAACUGCGGGACGUGAUCGAGUCUCAGGAGGAACUGAUUCACCAGCUGAGGAAUGUGAUGGUUCUCCAGAUGAAAAUUUUGUCAGUAAAGAAGAGUUCCAGGCAGUGGAAAAGAAGCUGGUGGAAGAAGAAGCUGCCCAAUGCCAAGACCAAGGUCCUCCUGGCCAAGGAAGAGGAGAAGUUGCAAUUUGCCCUCGGAGAGAUAGAGGUGCUAUCUAAACAGCUGGAGAAAGAGAAGCUGGCUUUUGAAAAAGCGCUCUCCAGUGUCAAGAGCGCCCUGCAGGAAUCCAGUAAGAAGGACCAGCUCAUCACCAAGUGCAAUUGGUAGGCGGGAGAAAUUGAGUCUCACAUUAUAAAGCAAGAAGAUAUACUUAAUGGCAAAGAGAAUGAGAUUAAGGAGUUGCAGCAAGUUAUCAGCCAGCAGACAGAACAGAUCAGCCAGCUCCAUUGCAGGAAUCACAUGUCUGACUACCGGAUCCAGAAGCAACAGGAGAACUACAUGGCCCAAGUGCUGGACCAGAAGCAUAAGAAAGCCUCGGGGACGCGUCAGGCCCGGAGCCACCAGCAUCCCAGGGAAAAAUAAAAUUGUCUUCACCUUCCUGUUCUGUA